UGGAGGAGGUGGAGGAGCCUGAGCAGGUGGAAGCCGCUCCGUGUCGCUGCUGCUGCCCUUCAUUAGAAACACAAUCCCGCUGGGGAGGGACGACACCGCACACUGAGCAGCACGCAGGGGAACCAGUCACCUCACAAACCUGCACCGGGCUCUCUCUUUAUUCUACUGGGAGGAGGACAAGCGGGAGGGAAGCCAGUAUAGGAACCAGUGCGGGAUUUAUUCUGGGGGAAAUAACAAACAAGCGAGCGAAGAGAGCGGAGAAAAACUUCCAGGAAUGACCGGGUUUCUGUGAGCCUGACGACCCGGUGGAUCGAGUUUGCUGAGAGAGGAGGAAGACGAGGAGGAGGAAGAAGAAGAAGAAGUGAUCUCCUCUCCUCAUAUUUCACUGGGGACUGAACUCUGUGGACCACCGAUCAUCUGUGGACUUUGACUCUGCGCGUCCGAACACUGUCCUCCUCCCGAUCCGCUGUCAUUCAUAAAAGCGACGUUUUUAAAAACCCUAGGAGCUGCUCCUCAGAUCCCGCUGCCAUGGGGGAGCAGCCAAUCUUCACCACCAGGGCCCACGUCUUCCAAAUCGACCCGACCACCAAGAAGAACUGGGUUCCUGCCAGCAAGCAGGCUGUCACUGUCUCCUAUUUUUACGACAGCACACGCAACAGCUACCGCAUUAUCAGCGUGGAUGGAUCCAAGGUGAUCAUCAACAGCACCAUCACACCCAACAUGACGUUCACCAAGACAUCGCAGAAGUUUGGCCAAUGGGCCGACAGCAGGGCCAACACGGUGUUUGGACUGGGCUUCGCUUCGGAGCAGCAGCUGAGCAAGUUCGCUGAGAAGUUCCAGGAGGUAAAAGAAGCGGCCAAGCUAGCGAGGGACAAAUCUCAAGAGAAGGUGGACACGCUGAGUAAUCACUCCCAGGAGUCCGGCCCUGACACGCCCUCCUCCAACCAGGCGUCCAGCAUCAAUGGGACAGAUGAUGAGAAAUUCUUUCAUGUGGGUCCAGAGGAUGCCGUGCUGCAGACGGAGAACGAUCAGCUGAAGAGUGCAGUAGAGCAGAGCAACACCAACGCCAAAAAGUGGGAAACAGAGCUGCAGACUUUGAGAGAGAAUAACGCCAGGCUGGUGGACGCACUCCAGGAGUCUUCGGCUAAUGUGGAGAGCUGGAAAAAACAACUUAGUACCUGCAAGGAGGAGAGUGACACGCUCAGGGAAAAGAUUGCUGCACUAGAAUCCCAGUGUAACGAAGCCAAUCAGGAGAAGCAGCAAAACGCGACACUGAGUGUACGAGUGCAGGAGCUGGAGGCGGAGCUACAGGACAAAGAGCAGGAGCUGGAGAACCUGAGGAAGCAGGCGGAGAUCAUCCCUCAGCUCAUGGCAGAGUGCGAGAGCAUCACGGAGAAACUGCAGGUUGCAGAGUCGAGGAACAAGGAGCUGGAGGGCCGGGUGGAGGGUCUGCAGCUGGACAUAGACGACAGUCGGCAGAAGCAGGGCGACAUGAAGGGCGAGCUGAAGAAGUUCAUGGAUAUUCUGGACGGAAAGAUCGACGAGCUGCACGAGGUCCGGCAGGGCCUCUCCAAGCUCGGCGUCGAUAAUUGAGAAAAGUGGCACGGAGCCGAAAGGGUCAGAGGUCAGGUACGAAUGAGUCACUACAGUACGUCUUCAGGCCAGAAAACUAUG